AUGGAGCUCUCUUCUGCGCCGGCCAUCUUCCGCCACUCCUCCUCCUCCGCUCAGCUUCUGAGACCAGCUGCUCUCGGCUCAAUUCGUCAGCGAACACCAGUCGUCUCUUCUCUUACUCCUUCCCAUCGAUUCCUACGGAUGGCGUCUCAAUCUCAGCAUCACGAAUCUAUCUCCUGCGCUUCCGUUCCCGGAGAUAACGGUUUCCCGGCGAUUACCUCCUCUCCGAUCGAUUCAGCUCGAAUAGGUGAAGUGAAGAGAGAAACAAAGGAAACGAAUGUUUCAGUGAAGAUUAAUUUGGAUGGCAAUGGAGUCGCAGAUAGCUCCACUGGGAUUCCUUUCCUUGACCAUAUGCUAGAUCAACUUGCUUCACAUGGAUUGUUCGAUGUACACGUAAGAGCGACUGGUGACACUCACAUCGAUGAUCAUCAUACGAAUGAAGACGUUGCUCUCGCCAUUGGAACCGCUUUGUUAAAGGCACUUGGAGAGCGAAAAGGGAUUAAUCGUUUCGGAGAUUUUACAGCUCCUCUUGAUGAAGCACUUAUACAUGUGUCCUUGGAUCUGUCUGGUAGACCAUAUCUUGGUUACAACUUAGAGAUUCCAACACAGAGAGUAGGAACAUACGACACUCAGUUGGUGGAACACUUCUUCCAGUCAUUGGUGAAUACUUCUGGUAUGACACUUCACAUCCGACAGCUUGCUGGUAAAAACUCUCAUCACAUAAUCGAAGCGACCUUUAAGGCCUUUGCAAGGGCUCUCAGGCAAGCCACAGAGUCUGAUCCACGUCGCGGUGGGACAAUUCCGAGUUCGAAAGGAGUCUUGUCACGGUCGUAA